AUGUACAGCUUCAUGGGAGGUGGGUUGUUCUGUGCCGGAGUCGGGAACAUACUCCUCAUUGUCUCCACAGCAACUGACUACUGGAUGCAGUACCGUCACUCCAGCAAUUACAUGCACCAGGGCCUGUGGCGGUACUGUGUGCCUGGGAAAUGCAUGACACACACAGACAGCAUUGCGUACUGGGAUGCCACCCGGGCCUUCAUGAUUCUCUCUCUGCUGGCUUGUUUCAUUGGCAUUGUGAUCGGCGUAAUGGCCUUUAUUCACUACUCCUCCUUUGACGGGUUUGACAAGACAUUUGCAGCUGGCAUCCUCUUCUUCAUCUCCUGCUUCUUUGUGCUACUGGCAAUGGCUGUCUACACGGGAGUGACAGUCAAUUACUACGGUAAACGCUAUGGCAGCUGGCGAUUUUCCUGGUCCUAUAUAAUGGGCUGGGUGGCAGUGGUGCUCACAUUCUUCUCAGGUAUCUUCUACAUGUGUGCCUACCGGAUGCACGAAUGUCCAAGAAACACUAACUCACGCUAA